AUGAAAACUUUGAGAAAAAUGAGAGAAAAUUCUGAGACAAUGAAAACUUUGAGAAAUACUAUCGACCCUUUUGAUUUAACAGAUCGGCAAUUUGUAAAAGUCUUUCGCUUAUCGAAAGAUGCAGUGCGCUAUUUAUGUGAUGUUCUUCAAUGUUCCUUGCAGCGUAGAAGAAAAGGAUUAAGUGUGGAAACUCAAAUUUUUACCGCAUUACGGUUUUUUGCUACCGGUUCAUAUCAAAAAGCUGUUGGAAAUGAUUAUUUAGUAUCAGUGUCACAAUCUGCUGUCAGUCGGGCAAUAAAAGCAGUUGCAGUUAGUAUUACUCAAUUAUUUGCUCACGAAUGGAUUAAGUUUCCAAGAACGGAGGAAAAACGAACAGCUUUAAAAAGAAGAUUCCAAGAAGAAAGAAAUUUUAAAGGAGUUAUAGGUUGUAUCGAUUGUACCCACAUUGCUAUAGUAAGACCGAAAAAUCACGAGGAAGCAUAUGCAAAUCACAAGGGCUUUCAUUCCAUUAAUGUGCAAGCAAUAUCCUCGCAUGAUUUAGAAAUCUUAAGUAUAAAUGCCAGAUUUCCGGGAACUGUGCAUGAUAGUUUUAUAUGGAGACAUUCUGCCGUGAGAAAUGAAAUGAUACAUUUGUAUGAAUCUGGAGAUCGAACAACGUGGCUUUUGGGUCAGUAUUGUGAUUAGCAUUGUGUUUGG